AUGAAAGCCAAAGCGUGCACUCGCUGUCGCCAAUGGAAAGUCGGCUGCGACGCCAAUAUCUCUGGCCCUGAAGGCUGCACUCGCUGCCAGGAACAUGACCUCCCCUGCGUAUUUGACAGCACUUUUCAGCGCACUCCCAAGAGGAGGAAGCUGGCCGAAAUGCAAGUUGAACUGGCCGAGCUGAGAAAGUUGGCGGGCUCUCGAGUCGCCUCCUCCGCCGAAAGGGAGACGGGGAACACGUCCCCCCAAGCCCCUACCUCCACCUCCCUAAUACCGCAAUCUAUACCCAGCUUAACUGUUUGGCCCGCUACUACCGGGCCGGAACCUGCUACUAUUCUCACAUCCGUGCCGGACUUGCAAGGCUUGUGCAUCGCUGACAAAUAUAUCGGCGAUAUCCAUCUCGCCGCCUCGCAUGUCAAUGAACUCUUCCGCAUCUACUUUGCACGAUGCCAUCCAUACCUCCCAUUCAGCAUGAGUCGGUCCAUCGAGACCACAUAUGAGAGAUGUCCGACGCUGUUCUGGGUCAUCUGCGCUGUGGCUUCCCCCGAUACCGCGCGGUCACAGUUCGAGGGUCCUAUUCGUGGCCUGAUAUCCGAUGUCCUCGACCCUGCCAAGGGCAGCACCGUUGAGAUGGUACAGGCUAUCUUGAUCCUGUGCAUGUGGCCCUUCCCUUUUGCCAACCAGAGGACGGAUUCAUCCUUCAUUUACAGCGGAAUAGCAACCCAGAUUAGUCUCAGUAUUGGCCUACAUCGGCCAGCAAGCGACGCUGAUUUCGGCAAUGAGACCAAUGAGCGUUAUGUCGACGAAGAAAUCAGGAGAACAACAUGGCUAGCCUCCUUCAUCGUCGCCCAGAUCCAAGCGAGCAGGCGCGGUGUCCCAGCAACGGUUGUGGCGGACUACUCACUAUUGUCUUCCUGCGAUAAUCCCGGAGUUCCAAGGGAGCUCUCUCAUCUGUGCUAUAUCUCCCACCUCACGAUUGAUUCUACUCAUGCGCUUGGAGCCCGUGGCUCCAAUACCGCAGGCUUGGUUGAGCCCUCGGCACGGAUCAGCCUGAUCAAUGUCUUUGGUAAACAAUUUGACGAUCUCCGACGACAGCGUUUCCCAAAGCCCACAGACGUCGUCGAGAUAUUCUUUUUGAGCUCGAGGCUUCAGCUCUGGUCCUUUGCGUUGCACAAUGACGUCCCUAUAUCUGCUAAUACUGUUCAGAUUAUCUACCAGGCAAGAGAAGACGCCGUCCGACUCAUCCAGAUUGCAUGCGAGAAGAAUCUGUCCCUGGUGCCGUUCUACACCCGUCGAUCCGUCUGCUAUGCUGCUCUGCUUCUCUGCCGGAUCAAGCUCGGCCCCUACGGCUGGCAAGACGAUAUGAUUGACCACCACGUCGAAAGGGCACAGCAGGCUCUGAGUGCAUCCGAGGGUGUCAAAUUUGGUCAGUUUCUCGCCGCCGUAACGUCACCGGAUAAUAGAGACGUGUUUAUUCGUACCAGUGGCGACAAACGGUCGCCACAUCGUUCGCGAAUGGGGGCAUUUCUGGUGUUCGAUUUUCAACGCGUCUACGCGGAUCUCAGGCUCCAACAGGCCAACGUCCCUUUCCCUUCGGAGUUUCUGGAUCUCGAUAAUCUUCCUUGGACAGAGUUUGAGUGA